AGAAAUUCCAAGACGCAACUUCUAGCUCUUCCCCCAGAGCUCCGCAACCGUAUCUGGUACCUAGCACUUGUUGAAGACUUUCGACAUCAACGAGAGCAUUUCCACAAAGAACAAAACGAAGAAGAAACAGUUCUGAGGAGCCCUUGGCAAAGCAUCGACACCUCUGCGAGACACAGAGAUGCCGUGACCCAAAGCUUGAAUCCACGCUCACCACGCUUUAUUGACUCAUGUCGGCAGAUCAAACUGGAAACAGAAUCCAUCCUGUACAGUGAAGUGAUGAUCUGGGAAGAGCACCAUCAUCACGUAAGCCGUAGCAAAGACCUCGGCCCUGGCAGGGAUCUCCUGGACUCUGGAGGCCGAAAGAUCUUACUGCCGUAUCAGGUGCAUGGCCUCUUCAACAUUCGCGAGCUCGGCCUACCAAUCCUCAAACUCGGACGGAUUCUCGACACAAAAUCGAGUAAACAUUGGACUGGAGUUGGCAUCUGGCAAUUUGGGAGCAAGGCAUACGUUAGUGUCUCGAGGGAGAGGUGCGGGCUUGUAAGAUUCGCGAAAGAGACGGGAUUGCCGGCUAUGACGUGGAUAUUGCAGGCAUUGAUUAAGAAGGAGAAUAGCGUGACGCUGGUCAUGGAUGUGAACGAGUGGCCGGACUUCUUCGAGAAGAGGCAGGAUGUUACAGUGUACAUGGGGAGUAUGGCUGGCUUCUGAGAUCGGCAUGGACGGCCAUGAUAAGCAGUCUUCCGGCGCAGUGAGAGCCAUUUUUGCCCAGCUCAGAGAAGUACUGCAAGGGUAGCAUCUGCCAUGGGCCGAGAAGUGAGCUACAUUCAAGCAUUGCUAAGCUCAGACCAGACAUUCAAGACCGAAUAGCCAAGACGCCUCAACGUCCUCGGUGGUGCCCGCCCGAGAACUCCAAUGGGCUCGACGUCAAUGAAGAUUCACCGAACUCGUUCGCCGUAUCUAUGACAGCUGAGCGCGCGAUUGAGAAAUCCAACAUGAAGUUCGUGAAGUUGCCACAUGUCGACCCCAAAAUGCAAGAGAAGACGGCUUCGAUAGUGGUAUGAGGGAGAGCUUCGCUUGUACGCCAGAGUAGUUGGGCUAUAUGGAAGAUGCAAGAGUAUCGUGAGAGGUGGAGCUGAUGUAGGGAGGAUGUGAGAAGGGAAGACGAGACACGAUUCGAGAGGAGGAUGGAUGAUUCUGGCCGUUAGAACUUCUCCGCGUGAUGUCGCGACUUCCAUCUUCUGGCCUCUACCAGGCACCAGAACCAAUAAAAUCAAACAAAUCGAG